AUGCUACAGGACCCAAUCGGAAUCCCAUCUUGUUUUUCAUCAACCACCCACCAUGCAACCAUCACAAAGUCCGGUCAGACCCUCUUCAUGUCCGUUUACAAGACCCAAAUCGCCGGUAACUGCCGUUGCAUCACCGUCACAUGGUUCAAGCACCUGCUGCUUCACGGGUUAACGGUUUCUGUUGACGGAGAUGAGUCACCGGAGGCUGAGUUAUCCACAUGUAAAGUGGAGCUAAAACCAUGGAGCUUUUGGAGAAAACAAGGAUCCAAAAGGUUUAGCAUUGGUGGUACUAAAAGUCUUGAUGUUUUUUGGGACCUUAAAGCUGCUAAAUUUAAUGGUGAGACCGAACCGAGUUCGGAGUAUUAUGUUGCGGUGGUUUGUGAUCAAGAAGUGGUGCUUUUGCUAGGUGAUUUGAAGAAAGAUGCUUAUAGAAAAACCGGUUGUAGACCGGCUUUAAUUGAUCCAGUUUUAGUAUCAAGAAAAGAACAUGUUUUUGGUAAGAAAAAGUUUUCGACACGAUUAAAGUUUCAUGAAAAAGGGAGAUUACAUGAGCUUUCAAUCGAAUGCAAGAACAAAACCGGUGGAGAUGGGGUUGCUCCGGCGAUGGAGAUAAGAAUAGAUGGGCAUUUGAUGAUUAAUGUGAAGCAUCUUCAAUGGAAGUUUAGAGGUAAUGAAUGUAUUCAUUUUAGUAAAGUGAGAAUUGAAGUUUAUUGGGAUAUUCAUGAUUGGCUUUUUAGUCCUGGUUUAAGGCAUGCAUUGUUUAUUUUUAAACUCUCUAUUCCGGCGACUUCUCGGGCGAUAUCCGUUCCGUCUUCACCAUUGUCGUCUCAGAGUUCGGGUUCGGUAGAUGGGCUUGAUCCAAGUGGGUUACAUGAGUUUUGCCUCUUUCUAUAUGCAUGGAAGGUUGAAUGA